AUGUACCUGCUCGCGAUCUGGUCGGCAAUCGAGGUCGUCUUCUCAUGGUACUAUCAGUGGCUCGCGCACAAGGUGCAGCCCGUCGCCCCGCCAUCGGAGAUGAAGCACGACGACCUGUCGAACAUCUUCAUCCGCCUCCUGCGCGCCGGCGCGGCGUACGCUCCUCGCAGACCCGAGACGGAUUCGGACUGGAUCCUGUCUUCGCCGACGCGGCCGAAACAUCCCCUGCGCAAGCGCGGCAAGCUCAAUUCGGACCUGCACGUGCCGACUCUUGCGACGCUGAAGGAGGGCCAGCAGCAGGCAAUGGCCGACCUGGAGGCCGAGAUGGACAAGGCGGACAAAGCCCACAGCGAGUAUCUCUCGGACGAAGAGGAUGACGACCCCCUGUUCACACCGGAGGGCAAGCCGAUCGAGCUGGAGUGGGACGACCCAAAGGCCGUCGAGUUCCGCGAGCAGCUCCGGACAUGGUUUCACCACGUGCCGUGGGAGACGAUCGGGCGCGACGACGUGCGCACCUGGCUUGCGUGGAGCUGCUUCGCGAUGCCGCUCGAGGACGUGCAGAAGGACGCGAAGAAGUAUCGCUUCCUCGAGCGCACGGCCGACAUGCUUGAGGCCAGGACGGGGGGCAAGUUCCCGCCCGGCCGGUGCGGGUGCCAGAUCAUGCGCCUGACGCUGGACCCCGUCAAUGUCGUCUCCCGCCCGUUCCUCAUUUACGCGAUCGCCAACGUCGUCAACUGGUUCCUCCUCCGUAUCUGGUAUCCGCACAAGGGCGCGACGAUCUACCAGGAGGACGGCAUCGACUUUGUCGUCCGUAUCCCCGAGGGUUGGACGCCGGAACGCGGGCGCACCGAGCCCAACGCCAUGCCCAUCGUGUACCUGCACGGCCUCGGCUUCGGACUACUCCAGAACCACCUGCUCGUGAAGCACCUCGUGCACUCGCUGCCGACGCACCCGAUCCUGAUGCCUCUGGCACACCACACGGCACAGGCAAUUUUCGACCCCCGAUUCCUCAAGCCGUGGAACCGCCCCCAGCUCGUCAGCACGCUCGUGAAGGCGUGCGAAAGGUGGGGGUUCUACGACCCCUCCAAGCCCGAGGGGCAGCGCGGGGGCGUGUCCAUGCUCUCCCACUCGAACGGCAGUGUGCACCACGGCUGGGUCCUAAAGGACGCUCCGUGGCUGGUGCGGCGGUCGUGUUUCGUCGACCCCGUCGUCUUCUCCCUGUGGGAGGGCGACGUGUGCUUCUCCUUCGUGUACCGCAAGCCACGGACCGCGCUCGAGGUGCUGCUCUACUACUUUGUGGCCAGCGAGCCGGGCAUCGCAAACUACAUCCAGCGACACUUCAACUGGUGCGACAACACGCUCUUCUUUGACGAUAUCCCCAACGCAAACGACGCAAGCAAGACCGCCUUCUUCAUUGGCGGCAAGGACAUCAUCAUUGAUGCCGCGCGCACAAGGCGGUAUCUCGAGCGCAACGGGGUCAAGAAGGGCCUGCACUGGGACGCGAACGGAGGACACGGCGACGGUCUCCUCGGCGACUCGAGAGAUCGUGUCGUCAUGUUCGUCGGUACUGGCAACACGCGCGGGUGGGAGAACUGGCUCACCCGCGGGCGCAGGAGCCACUCGCUUGGCCAGGCUGAUUUCCCCAAGAUCCGCACCGCGCUCGACAGCAUCCAGGAGGCAUCGACAUCGGGCUCUGACAGUGAGAGCACGAUGCGCAAGCGAUUCUGA